ACGCGCGCGAAGGGGGUCGGGCUCUUGAGGCAGUAAUGGCGGCCGUGCGUCUGUGUUGUUGAAGCCUCCAGCGUACCUGAUAGACCAAAGUGACAAUGAUGAAGCUACCAUUUCCAAUUUAAUAUGCAAGCUUCUGAAGUAUGCCAAAAAACUUCCUAAAGCUGGAUGCUGCAAGAAUUCUUCAAAAGAGAAACCAUGUCAUCCUUUCAAGAAGUUUCGUCUUCAAACAGUGCCCUGCAGACUUCAAAUUUUGCACAUGUCAUCUUUCAGAAUGUAGCAAAAAGUUACCUGCCAAAUGUGCACCUUGAGUGCCAUUACACUCUGACUCCCUAUAUACGCCCUCACCAAAAGGAUUGGGUUGGUAUUUUCAAGGUUGGUUGGAGUACUGCACGAGAUUAUUACACAUUUCUUUGGUCACCUAUGCCUGACAACUAUGUGGAAGGAUCAACAAUUAACUCUGUGCUGUCUUUUCAAGGAUACUACCUUCCGAAUGAUGAUGGUGAAUUUUACCAGUUCUGCUAUGUAACACAUAAGGGUGAGAUCCGUGGAGCAAGCACUCCGUUUCAAUUUCGAACUUCAUCUCCGGUUGAAGAAUUGUUGACAAUGGAAGAUGAAGGGAAUUCAGACAUGUUGGUGGUGACCACAAAGGCUGGACUUCUUGAGUUCCAAAUAGAAAAAACUAUGAAAGAAAAAGAAGAACUAUUAAAGGUGACUGCUUCACUUGAAAAGGAAACCCUGCAGCUUAGAGAUCAAGUUGAAAGACUGGAAAAAGAACUGAACCGUGAAAAGGAAAGAUGUGAUCAGCUUGAAGCGCAAGAAAAGGAUAAUGUCAAAACUGCAGAAACUCUUAAAACUGAAAAUGAAGAACUCAAGAAAAAGCAGGAUGAGGCUACUUCCAAAGUUCUGCAGCUUGAAGAAGACAUCAUGACCGUUACUCAGAAAGCUAUUGCAAAAGAAACUGAGUUAGACAGCUUGAAAGAUAAACUCAAGAAAGUAGCCAUUGAAAAGGAACAACUUGAAUGCCAGUUGAAGACUGAGAAGGAUGAAAAGGAACUCUACAAGAUACAUUUGAAGAACACAGAAAUUGAAAACACCAAACUUGCAUCAGAAGUUCAGACGCUAAAGAAUUUGGAUGGAAACAAAGAAAACCUUAUAGCCUAUUACAAAGAGGAAGUUGGCAGAUUACAACUGUGUAUGGCUGAAAAAGAAAAACUGAAGAGAGCUUUCUUGCUUACUUCAUCAAACAAGGAAGAGGCAAGUAUUUUGAAGGAACAGCUUCGGAAAGCUGAGGAUCAGAUUCAAGCUAGUAGGCAGGAAGCUUUGCUGAUGUCAAAAGAGCUCAGUGAUGCUGUAAAUGUGCGCGAUAAAACUAUGGCAGAUCUUCAUAAUGUGCGACUAGAAAAUGAAAAGGUGAAGAAGCAACUUGCUGAUGCUGUAGGUGAACUCAAGAAAAUGGCACUGGUGAAAAAUGAACAGGAAACCUCUAGCACUGUAGAGAAGGAACUACGCAGAGAAGUUGAAGACUUAAAGCUCCGCCUGCAGAUGGCUGCUGAUCAUUACAAGGAAAAAUUCAAAGAAUGCCAGAAACUGCAAAAACAAGUCAAUAAGCUUGUUGACCAAACAGACGAGAAAUUGAAAUGCAGUGUCUAUGCUGAUGAACUGGCUAAGUUGGAGCUAAAAUGGAAGGAGCAAGUGAAAAUUAGCGAGAGUGUGAAGCAGCAGCUGGCUGCAGUAGAAGACCAGUAUUUAGUGCAGCUGGCCGAAAAGGACAGACAGAUAAAGGAGCUGACAUCCCAUUUGGGAAUCCUCAGUAGAGAAAAGAGCCCUGGAAGGAGACCAGAAAAUCAAACUGACAGAAUUACCGAAGGACACAUUUCUCAGCAUGCAGUAUAUUUUCUCAAUGCUCCUCUUACUUCAGGGGAUGAUGGACAGGUUCCUGCUGUGCCAACUCGGUUACCAGUACUGCAGUAUGGAAACCCUUAUACAGCUCAGGAAACAAGAGAUGGAGCAGAUGGUGCAUUUUACCCUGAUGAGAUCCAAAGGCCACCUGUAAGAGCACCCUCUUGGGAACUUGAAGACAAUGUAGUGUGCAGCCAACCAGCCCGCAACCUCAGCCGGCCUGAUGGUUUAGAAGAUCCUGAGGAUAGUAAUGAUGAUGAGGCAAGCGCACCUUCUGCUCCGGAGCCACCAAACCUUGGCUUACAUGAACGUGGAACUGGCUUUUGUUUUGAUUCCAGUUUUGUGCACAUCAAGAAGUGUCCCCUUUGUGAAGUGAUGUUUCCUCCUAACUAUGAUCAGAGCAAGUUUGAAGAACAUGUUGAGAGUCACUGGAAAAUGUGUCCCAUGUGCAACGAACAGUUCCCUCCUGACUAUGACCAGCAGAGCUUUGAAAGACACGUACAAACACACUUUGAUCAGAAUGUUUUGAAUUUUGACUAGUUUGAGGCAUCUGAAUGCAGCUUAGUUUAGACAAAACUUGAAUGAGCGAGAGUACACAGCCGCCAUAACUUGUUGUUUAAAGGCUACUUUCAGUACAGUGCUUUGGCCUAUUAGCAAGUAUUGGGCUAGCCUUCUUUGAUCUAGCAUACACCCAGAACUGUUAUAAUAUCUAUCAGUAUUUAUUCCCUGGCUGACAACAUGCAUAAGAACACAGGAAAUGCACAGACUUGUUCAGAAACCGAAGUUGAGUUUGUAGUAGUGGCAAGUGUACAGAAUGACUUGAUUUUGCUCUUGCAUUUGCUUAUGAUUAGAUAUUAAAAUUCUCAUUCCAUGAUAAUAAAAUGAGGUUUCUCGGUAAUCUUGUGUGUAUCCUUCAUAUGAUUAUUGAUUCUGAAAGUUUAACAUAAUUUAUCCAACAAAAUAUAGUUUUUUACAUCUGUGUCAGAAAUGUAGUUGCUUUGAGAGACAUGCUUGCACAACACCCUUACAGCAACAUUCACUUUUGCAUAAUUAUUAUCUCUUGCAAAUGCCAAGUACACUAGUAAUCUGUUAAAAGUUCUGCAUUCAGGUCUGCUAGAAAAUAAUUGUAUAAAAAUCUCUACCAUUAGGCUUCAUUUGUAUUCAGCAGAUUUUUAACAUGUUAUGUAGCACCCCCAUUCUCUUUUCCUGGAUUGUUUUAGCAAGUUGUGUUCAUAGGGACUAAGAUUUCUAGAAUCUUCUGCAUUCUGCUUUGCACAUUUUCCCCAUUAAAUUUGUGGUGUGUAUAUUUAAAACACUAUAUUUUUGAAGCUUAAACUUUAGUAAGUAAUUUGAUCCUUUUGGAUAAAAUUCACUUUUCCAUCUGUUGUACAAUAGUCAAAUUAAAGACAAAAACUAAAUAGUGA